CUGGACAGAUUAUCGACGAUGAAAUGCAUGAAAUUAUGGUGAGGCCACUUCCGAUAGGGGUAAGGUUGACAGCCAUUUUCGAUUCGUGCCAUUCGGGAACCGCGCUUGAUUUGCCAUACAUAUAUUCAACGCAAGGAAUCGUUAAAGAACCCAAUAUUUUGGCUGAUGGAGGAAACACACUUAUGAAUGUUGGGAAGUCAUACCUUCGAGGUGAUAUUGCAGGAAUUAAAACAAGUUUGAUGUCAUUUGGUAAGAAAGCGACGUCUGGUAAGAAAAUAAGCGAGAGAAACAGACAAAAUAAAGCAAGUCUAGCAGAUGUAGUUAUGUUUAGUGGAUGCAAAGAUGCACAAACCUCUGCAGACGCUAAUGAAGAAGGUAAAAGUACCGGAGCUAUGUCAUACGCUUUUGUAAAAACAUUAUCCAAAAACAAGAAUGUUACGUAUCAACAAUUAUUAGUUGGAAUCAGAGACGUACUUGCAGGAAAAUAUGCACAAAAACCUCAACUCAGCGCAUCACAUCAAAUGGAUAUGAAUCAACUGUUUUUGAUGUAG